UGACUUUGCCGAUUUGCGCAAUUGGACGCAGCAUGGCUCCGAAGCCACCCAAACCCGUCGGCGAUGUCGUCCGCAAGACGCUCAACCUGCCCAAGACCGAGUUCCCGAUGCGGGCGAACGCGACCGUGCGCGAGCCGCAGCUGCACGCGCGCUGCGUGACGCAGCUCUACGCUGCCCAGGCGGCCGAGCGACCGGACGCGCCGACGUUCCUGUUGCACGACGGGCCACCGUUUGCAAAUGGCUCGCUGCACACGGGCCAUUUCCUCAACCGCGUACUCAAGGACAUGCUCAACCGGUACAAGCUCCAGCGCGGCUAUAAGAUCGAGUACAUUCCUGGCUGGGACUGCCACGGCCUCCCGAUUGAGAUCAAGGCGCUCGAGCGGCUCAAGGACACCAACCGCGACCAGAUGGACCCGGCCGAGAUCCGCCGCCACUCGCGCGAGCUCGCGCUCGAGGCCAUUGCCGCGCAGAAGAAGGAUCUCCAGCGCUGGGGCGUUUUGGCCGACUGGAGCGGCGCGCCGGGCACAGCGUACCACACGAUGGACCCGUCGUACGAAGUCAAGCAGUACAACGUCUUCAAGAAGAUGGUGCAAGACGGCUUGAUCUCGCAGGGAUACAAGCCCGUGUACUGGUCGCCGUCGUCGGGUACGGCGCUUGCCGAGUCAGAGCUCGAGUACAACGACGAGCACACGUCGCAGUCGGCGUACAUUCGCUUCCGCCUCAAGACGCCGACAGGUGUCCUUUCGGCCCACGCCGCCAACGCCACGAUCUCGGCCGUCAUUUGGACUACGACGCCGUGGACGAUCCCGGCCAACCGUGGUCUCUGCUUCCGGGGCGACUUGACGUAUGCCCUCAUCGAGACGGCGCCAGGCGCCUACGAUCUCGUGGCCCAGGACCUCGUCGAGACGUAUGCGAGCUCGAUCUUGGAGCAGCCCGACGUCAAGAUCAUUGCGACCUUCUCGGGCGCCGACGUCCUCGGCAACGUCUUUGCCAACCCGUUGGACGAGCGCGUCGACUCGAUCGCGCUGCUCGGCGACCAUGUGACGACCGACGCCGGUACCGGCGUUGUGCACACGGCGCCGGCCCACGGCCAAGAAGAUUACCAGGCGUGGAUGGCGCACCAUGCGCAGUUUGGCACGGACAACAGCAUGACGUGCCUCGUCGACGGCAAGGGCAAGUACACGGCCGAGGCCGGCCCGCACCUCGCCGGUCUCUUUGUGCAAACCAAGGGCACGGCGGCGGUCCUCGAGGCACUUGGUGCCAAGGAAGCGGCGCUCGUGCAGUCGGCCAAGCUCGUCCACCGCUACCCGUACGACUGGCGUACGAAGAAGCCCAUCAUCUUGCGCGCGACCAAGCAGUGGUUUGCCAAGCUCGAUACGCUGCAUGCGCUCGGCCACGAUGCACUCAACGACGUAGCAAUGCAUCCCAAGUCGUCCCGCCGCCGCUUGGAAGCGACGCUCUCGAGCCGGAACGAGUGGUGCAUCUCCCGCCAGCGGGCGUGGGGUGUCCCGAUCCCAGUCUUUUACGACCUGGAGACGGACGCGCCGCUCUUGACGACCGACUCGAUCGAGCACGUACAGACCGUCAUGGCGGCGAAUGGCGGCUCGGACGCUUGGUGGACGCUGCCGCUCUCGGAGCUCCUCCCGCCCGGAUACGAUCCGGCCAUGUACCGCAAGGGCAUGGAUACACUGGACGUGUGGUUUGACUCUGGCAGCUCGUGGCUUGCGGUUUUGGACGGCCGCCCGGCCGACAUUUACCUCGAGGGCUCGGACCAGCACCGCGGCUGGUUUCAGUCAUCGCUGCUCACGUCCCUUGCCGUCCAGAAGAAGGCGCCGUACAAGCAGAUCAUCACGCACGGCUUCAUUCUGGACGAGCGGGGGCAGAAGAUGUCCAAGUCCCUCGGCAAUGUGUUGGUGCCAAGUGACAUUAUUGACGGCAAGAAGAAGCAAAACAUCCCGGCGUACGGCGUCGAUACGAUGCGGUAUUGGGUCGCGACGACCGACUACACCAACCAAGUGUCGGUCGGCCCCUCGACGAUGGUCAAGGUCAGCGACAGCGUCCGCAAGGUGCGCAACACGGCGCGGUUUUUGCUCGCCAACUUGAACGACUUUGACCCGCGCACCGACAUGGUGCCGUAUGCCGACUUGACGCCGCUCGACCAGUACAUGCUGCACUUGUUGUCGGAGCUCCAGACGACCGUCACGGACGGGUAUGAGACGUUUGCGUUCAACAAGGUGCAGCAAGCGCUCGCGCACUUUAUUGCGACCGACCUCUCGGCCUUUUACAUGGAGGCGUGCAAGGACCGCUUGUACUGCGAAGCGCCGCAGUCGCCGCUCCGCCGGUCGACGCAGACGGUGCUUGAAAUGGCGCUCCGCACGAUCAACACGGCGAUCGCGCCCGUGAUUUGCCACACGGCCGAAGACAUUCGCAUGCACCGCCUCGCGCAGUACACCAAGCAGCUCAUCAACGACGCGCCGGGCAGCGUGUUCCUUGACGGCUGGUUCCAGUCCGAGGCGCAAUGGCACAACCCGGCGCUUGCCAAGGACUGGGACGUCCUUCGCCAGCUUCGCUUUGAAGUCAACCGCGUCGUCGAAGCCAUGCGUGACGCUGGCGACGUCAAGACGACGCUCGAGUGCAACGUUCACAUUGGCGCGUCGCCUGAGCUCCUCGCGAUCCUCGCGCGCGUUGAUGGCCGCGUCCUGGAAGACAUGAUGCUCUGCUCGGGCAUCACGUUGACGCCGCUGACGACCGAUGCGUCGCACACGCUCAACGUCGGCGACGCUUCGCUGCCGUUGCAGCUCACUGUGACGCUCGCGAGUGGCCACAAGUGCCCGCGCUGCUGGAAGUACUCGCCGGACGUCGACGCGGCCAUGACGACACUCUGCGAACGCUGUGCGACGGCGUGCGGCCAUGCGACCGUCGACGCGCUUGUCGACGCGCUCACGCCCGAAGACGCCUAAGUGUCGGCGCGAGAUGACGAUGGAAGAGAGGAUAGAGGAACCCUUUUGGUGUCAAGAUUUUGAUUUCUGCAUA